AAAAUAAUGGCCCAAUUGUUUUGGGAUUAGAUAGUAAUUGCAUGUAGCUAUGUAUAGACACGCAUGCAUGAGAAUCAUGGUGACCAAUGAAAGAGCCACGUCCACCAGAAUCAAAGACCCAUACUGGAAAAAGGUGUAAUGAGCCACCAACCCAAAAAAAAGCCUUAUCCAAAACUCCAAUGACUAUCAUCACACUCUCCUUCCCUUCCACAAACCCAUCCCUCUCUUCUUCUCCAAAACCAUUCAGAUUCAAAUUCAAUCCCAAAUCUUCUUCACAACUUUCUACCACUCCCUCCUCCCUUCCCAAAACCGGAGUCAUCAUAAUCGGCGCCGGCCUCGCCGGCUUAGCCGCCGCAACCCAUCUCAACUCCAACAACAUCCCAUUCCUCAUCCUCGAAUCAUCGGACGCCGUCGGUGGCCGCGUCCGCACCGACACUGUCGACGGCUUCCUCCUCGACCGUGGCUUCCAAAUCUUCAUUACUGCUUAUCCAGAAGCUCGAAAGCUUCUCAAUUACGAAUCCUUAAACCUCCAAAAAUUCUACUCCGGGGCAAAAAUCUUCUACAAUGGCCAAUUCCACACCGUCGCUGAUCCACUUCGCCAUUUCUUCGAUUCCGCGAAAUCCCUAGCCAAUCCAAUCGGUUCCAUUCUCGAUAAAUUACUAAUAGGAACCACCAGAAUCGGCGUCCUCUCAAAAACCGACGAACAAAUUCUUAAUGCAGAGGAAUCUCCCACAAUUGACUUACUGAAGAAGCUUGGAUUUUCCGAUUCCAUCAUCGGAAAAUUCUUCCAACCGUUUUUCGGCGGAAUCUUCUUCGACACAGAGCUCCAAACAUCAUCGAGACUGUUCGAUUUCAUCUUCAAAUGCCUCGCCCUCGGAGAAAAUACUCUUCCGGCGAACGGCAUAUCGGCGAUUCCGGAACAGUUAGCGGCGAGGUUGCCGCCAGAUUCGAUCUUAUUGAACACGAAAGCGGUUUCCGUCGAUUUUCGUGACUCCGAAUCGCCACGUGUGAGGUUGCAAAACGGUGAGGUUUUGAGUAGCGAGCUAGGAGUGAUCGUGGGCGUUGAAGAACCAGCUUUGAUUCAGCUAUUAACGGGUAGGAUCAACCCGGUGAUUAACGAACCGGUUCGGAGUACAGUUUGUUUAUAUUUUACCGCGGACCGGGAUAAGAUACCAAUUGAAGACCCGGUUCUGUUUUUAAAUGGGUCUAGUAAGGGAAUAGUGAAUAACAUGUUCUUUGCCACAAAUGUAGCUCCGUCAUAUGGCCCACCAAACAAGGCAUUGAUCUCAGUAUCUUUGGUUGGGUUAUUUGAGGAUGAGUCUGAUGAUGAAUUAGUGAAUAAGGUGGUUCAAGAACUUUCGGGUUGGUUUGGGGAUAGAGUGGUUAAGGAAUGGAAGCAUUUGAGGACUUAUCGAAUUGGAUAUGCACAACCUAAUCAGUGUCCACCCACGAAUUUGAAGAAAAACCCGAUAAUUGAACCGGGUUUGUAUUUGUGUGGUGAUUAUUUGACUUCAGCCACAUUUGAUGGUGCUUUGGUCUCUGGGAGGAGAGCAGCUGAAUCACUCUUAAAAGAUAGAGCAGCCUUCAUUGGCUAAUGCAUCUCACUGGAGACUUCAUUCAUUUACUUUUUCAUUUCGUGACAAAUCUAACAUUUUUGUAAUCAAAAUACUAUAUAUAUAUAUAUAUAUAUAUAGCUUACAACUGAAGGAGGUUUUUCUCUUCCUAAAAUAUUAAUAUAAUGGUGUUGUCAAUUUAUUU